AUUUUGACUGUUUUUUUUAUAAAUAAAUACGUUAAGAAAAUGUGGUGUGACUAUUUAUAUUUCGACUCGCUGUAGUGAAAGUGGUUACAAGUUACAACAACGAGCGUUAAUAUUUUUGAUUUUAUUGUACAAAUCUAUUUCUACGUAGUUGAUGAAAAGUUUAUAAUAAUUAAACGUGACUCAGAUUUAUAAAUAAUUGGUUGGUUUUAACGUUUAUCGCUAUUUUCAUCAUAAAUCCGGAUACAGUUAAAGGAUCAUCGACUGCUUAAGUAUAUUAACCUUAAAUAUUUAAAAAUGACUAGAAUGGCGGCUAACAAGUCAAAGGAAAUAAUAGACGAGUACAGUUCGUCGCUUGCGGACUUGAAAUUUAACAGCAAGCCUCUGAUAAACAUGCUCACGAUGUUAGCAGAUGACAACGUUGAGCAUGCACCGGCCAUCGUCCAAGCAAUUGAGAACCACUUGUUACAGGUUUCAAGUGAAGUCAAACUGCCGGUCCUUUAUCUCAUCGACUCGAUCGUCAAGAAUGUCAGUGGAGCUUAUUUAAAACUCUUCACUGAUAAAAUUGUUAAUAUAUUUUGUAGUGUCUUUGAAAAGGUCGAUGAGAGUACAAGAUUAUGCAUGUGGAAAUUACGACAAACUUGGGGUGAAGUUUUUCCUGCUAAGAAAUUAUUUUCACUCGACAUACAUGUCCGUAAUAUAGACCCAGCGUGGCCAGUACCUAAUUCAUCUGUUUCAUCGGGUUCUAUUCACUUAAACCCACGUUUCUUAGCUGGGACUCCGACUACACCACCGACAACAGUCUCUACACCUAGCGUGAUACCUUCUGUAAAAAUUCCUCCUGGAGACCCAGUAUCUGUCAACGAAGCUUUGAUGCGGGAGCAAUUACUUAAGAAACAGAAAGAACUUCUUGAGUUACAGAAACAGAAAGUAGAAUUGGAGUUGAUGCAAGCCAAGUCAAGUCUUGAACAGCAGCAGAAACAAACAGCUCUAGUCAAAGCUGAAUCGUUGACAUCAUCAAUCACCCUUAAUGAAGUCAAACCGGAUAAAGUUGUAGCUGCGGUGUCUAAUCAAGUGAAUAAACAAGUAGCGAAGCAGUUUCCAGCAGCGAAUGCAUCGUUAUUAAAAAAUGUGGGUGCUAACAACGGACCUCGGAUAGCGCCAGCAAGCAGUCUUAUGGUAGCUUCAGCGCGUCCAGUAUCACGGGAUCCUCGUCUUAAAAUUUCUUCAGGAGCAGAGCUACAAAACUGUGAUAUAGAGUCUCGUCUACGUCAAGUAGCUGCGUUAUCUUCAUCGUCAUUAACAAACGAUAUGCCGUCUAAAACACAAUUAUCAAAGAAUCAACAUCCCGCGUUAAACACUGUACUUUCAGAUCACGCAAUAAAACAGCAAUUAUUAUUAUCGAAACAAGCAAUGAAUCACAUAAGUGAAUCUAAUCAAAGUGGUGGUGGCCUUAAGUCAUCAUCAAUAACAUCUUCUCUCGCGUCAAACAAUUCUGCAAUUCGUGGUGUUGGUAGUGGUGGAAGUGGAGGAAGCGAGGCCAAGUCUAAAGACGCUAAGAGCUCGUCGUCUUUACGCGGCGGUUCUUCAGCAUCUUCGGCAAAAGAUGAAAAGUCAUUCGCUUCCUCAAAAUCCUCCUCGUCACACAGAAAAUUAAGCAACAGAUCGCGGUCAAAUUCAAAACAAUCCCAAGUAUUGCCCACAAAGGCUUCAUCGUCAUUAUCUUCAUCAAUAUCAUCAUCUUCAUCAUCAUCAAAAAUAGUCGAUCGAGAUGCAAGUCCUGUUAGGUCGAAGUCUCGUGAAAAAGAUAACUCUGACAGCUCUCCAACCAUAUCCUCACGUACUUCACCCAAUAAAUCCUCAUCACCUAACUCCAAGAGUCGUAAGAAGAGUAGUAGUAAAUCGAGAAAACGUACUCCUAGUCCGCCUUAUAAAAUUCCGCGUAGAAAUAUUGAUUCAAAAACAUCUAAUUUAUCUACGAAUUUAACUUCCUCUCUGCAAUCAUCUUCCUUGAUUGGCGGUGGGGUUAAUAGUGCUGCUGCUGCUGCUGCUGCUGGUCUUAUUGAGGAAGAGCAGUCUGGUUCCUUGAUUGUAUCUCCUCCGCAUCCGCCUACUUUUAAAGAAAUACGACCAAACGCCAGACAGAGAAAUUAUAUUAAACGCAACAACAAAGACAUCGGCAGUCAUAGUCCUGAUAAUAAUUCUAGUCAGGAUCUUUUGAGUACUCAGGUUACCGCAGAUCUUUCAAUCGAAUCUGCAGCUAGUAAGGAUGAAGAUCUUCGGGCUGUACUACCACCGCCAGUCACCAUCGUCCCGCCAAUCACUGAAAAGAAAGAAGACUUAGAUCUACGCAUAUUAGCACCACCACCACCACCACCACCAACUAAUAAAAGACAAAGCUCAGAGCACGGUGAUUCAAAUAGUAAAAAAUCUAAAACAGAAAAAUUCGAUACUUUAUUUGGUAAUGAAGAUGUCGAUUUAAGAACCUUGACGAACCCAAAAGCCGGACGACCACCAACUCCACCUCCACCAGUAAUAUCGGGUGAAGAAAAUAAAACAAGCUGGGCUAAAUUAAAAACAACAUUUAAAAAUGACCGUGAUAAACCAACAAUAAAUGAAGAUAAACGCGAUCGAGAUCGCAAUAAAGAUCGUUCUUCUAGAAGUCGACCUUACAAUAAACCAUCUGACGAUCCAAAAGACCGUCGACGUCAAUUUAUCAACGACGAUGAUUCAAGGUCCAGCCGGAGAAACCGUGAUUUCGACAAAUUAGAUCGUAAUUCCGAGCGUAGCAUUGAAAUAAUAAUGAAGCAAGCUGAAGAAGAAUUGAAGCAAGGUUCAAUGACUAAAGCCGACUACCACACAUUGAUCCAGAAUGUUUGGCAGAUGAACGAGGUUCAAAAAUUAAGAGUAGCCCAGAAAAAGGACAAAGAGACCGGUGCGAGUAUUUGGGAAAAAGGAAUUGACAUAAGCGGCGGCUUCAGUCCGAAAGAAGACAUGGGACACCGAGGCAAAGAUCAUCCACAUUCAAGAAACGGACCAAGAUGGCAACCCCCAGGUCCUUGGCAACCACCAGGCCCCUGGGCACCUCCACCUGGACCGGCUUUUGGAAAUCCAUUCAACCCCGACUUCCGACCAAUUGGCCCCUGGCAAAACCCUCGACAAUUCGGACCAAUGCGGCCCGACUUCAAUCAAUUCCACGGCUUCAAUUCUGGAAUGGGUCCACGUAUGGGCCCUGGUCCCGGUUUGAUGGGCCCUAUGGGUCCUAACGGGCCUAUGAUGCCUGGAAUGAUGCCCAAUGGACCCAUGGGACCAAUGGGUGGAAUGUCAAAUCCCGGGAUGGCUAAUAUUAAUGGGCCACCGAGUCUUUUAAUGAAUGGCCCUCAUCCACCUCACAAUAAUUUAAUGACCCACGUUCCUCCACCUUCUCGGAACAUCUCUCCCAACUCAAUCUCCAGAUUUGACAAUGAAGAGACCCAGAACUUCAUGGACAAGCUUACUAAAGAACACGGCGGUCCUAGUCGUGAGCUACCUCUGCCUGAUCCAAAACUCCUGGAAGAAAUAGCCAACGACACAAUGAAAUCGAUUAACAUCGACAAUAUACCUCGUGAAAUUCGCUACUACGGUCAGACCGCGGUCGUGUUUAUGAACUGGGACGACCCGAGAGAAAUAGGUUUCCAAAAUGGCUCGAGAAGAAUUAUGAUUGACGAAAAAGACACUAUCAUUUGCUCUUUCAACGAACCUUACAAGGAAUUUGUCUACGACGGAAAAAUACACAGGAUAAGACUUGGAGCGCCGACGAGAGAGUUGUUCGUCGAUGACAAGUGGUACGAGUGUUACUUCGGUGGUCCACCGGUGCUUGUUGACUUAGGAAAUAAAAAAGUUAAUAUUAAUUUAGAAGGACCUCCUCCUCAAGUUAAAAUUGGGACUGUUAAGCGAACUGAUUUGGUGAUAGGUAAAAUAAAUCUUAUUAUUAACGCUAAAAAUAUGACGCCGGUGUUUGUUGACGCUAAGCCACAAAUGUUUGAAAUUGACAAUCAACCUCAGACUCUUGAGUUUGCUGAUUCUCUGGAGACUAUUUUACUUAAUGGCAGAUCAUUUAAAGUUGAAUUUGGUGGACUGCCUAAACCAAUAAUUGUUAGGGAUAAAAAGCACUUUAUCAGAUUCACUGUGUUACCUAGAGGAGCUCAUCCUGGGUCUGUUAAAAUAGCUGGCAUGAAAGGAAAGUGUCCGGAAUCUCCAGCUAGUGAUAAUAACAACAAAGUAAGUGACUCUGCUGUUCCAAUCUCUGGAGUGGGUCUUCCUGAACCAGACUCGACUUCUCAAGAUGCGUCGGAUGUUUCAUUGGUGAAACCUGACUUGCAGUUGGACAUGCUUUCAUCGGCACUGUCUUCAGCUAUGGCUCCCUCGUCUGGAUUUUCUUACCAAGCUGAACCUAUGGAGAAACCUCCUGCACUUACGCCAGUUCCUAUUUUACCGCUUAAUCUUAAUCUUAAUGAACUUUACCAAAAGUUGGUUGACACUGGGAUAGUACCAAGACAAGGACCCAAGGUUGAGGUCAAAAAACCGGAGGAAGAAGUUGUUAAGAAAGAACCAGAGUUACCUCUUCCUAGCUUAGAUAAACCUGAGACACUUAAAAUUGUACGGCCUAUUAAUUCUACUUCGAUGUAUGGUGGUAUGCAAUGCAGUUCUUGCGGCGCGAGAUUUGCUCCGGAAUUAGCGACAAGGUACAGUCAUCAUCUUGAUUGGCACUUCCGGCAAAAUAGAAGAGGGAGAGAUUCUAUUAAGAAAGCUCAGUCGAGGGAAAUUAUGUAUGAAAUUAGUGACUGGAAUCAGUUUGAAGAAAUUGAAGAUGUUGAUGAUAGAGCACAAAGUUGGUUUGAAACCGAAAAAUUAACUGCAGAAACAGAAGCAGCUAAUGGUGAAGAUUCUUCACAAGAUGCCAUACAACCAAGUGUACCUGCAAGCAGUGAUGAUGAUUGUCGCUGUCAAGUCUGUCAUGACACUUUUGAACAAUUUUAUAACGAAGAAAAAGAAGAAUGGCAUUUAAGACCAGCUGUUAGCUUUGAAGAUAAAAAUUAUCAUCCUCUUUGUCUGGAAGAUCAUAAGGAAAAGUGUCUCGCGCGUGCUUUAGCAAAGUCAGCGUUGGACGAUACGAUAAAUGAAGACGAAGAAAAGAAAGAUGAGCAUAAUGAUUCAGUUGAGUCUCCGGAAUACAUGGAAACGCCGAUUGGUGAUCUUCCAAGCAAUGAAGAAACAGAAAGUGAAGAAUUUAAAUUAAAUGAGAAUGAAGAGUCAGAAGACAAUAAUAUUUCUCAAGAAAUAUCUGAAGAUAUUAAUGAUAAAGAUAAUCUUGAUGAAAAAAUGAUUACUCAUAAUACAGAAGAUAGUAUCAAAGAUGAAGAAGAUAAAGUAAUUGAUAAUGUAAAUGAAGAAACUAGUGAUGAAACUAAAACUUGUGAUCAAUCAGAAGAUCAAGAACUGGAUAAACAAUCGGAUGAUCUUGUUGAAGUGCCUGUGGAAACUGAAUUUAAAAUUAAAGAAGAACCUAUGGAAGUCAAUGAUACAGAAACAGAUUCAGAAAUAAAUUGGGACGAUGUGAAAGUCAAAAUUGAACCACUUGAUCCUGAACCUGAUCCUGAAGAAAUGAAAGUAGCGAACAUUGCUGCACAGGUGGACACCACCCUGACGGCAGUGACCAGUUCACUGGACGGUAAUGUUGAACUAGAGUCUACUCCCGCAACGCUGCCCACUGCAUCCACGCGAAUAAAGAUAAAUAUUUCUAAGCCACUUGUUGUAAAUAAAGAGCCAGAGGAACCUAAAGAAAAAAUAGUGUUACCUGAAAUGCCUAGCGAGGAAGAAUUACCACUAAAGCCAGCAUCCAUUAAGUCAACACUAAAAGGUAGGAAACUUUCUAUCCUGCCACCCGUUGAAAGAGGUCAAGAACUCUCGGGACUUUGUUCGAUAAUGUAAAUAACAAUAGCUAUAUAACUAAUAAUUGAUUAAUUAUUUAUUAAUUUUUGGUAUUGAAAAUACUGCCGGAUAAGUAUCGCAAAGUCGUUUUAAAAAUAAUAAGUCACCAAGUAUUUUGAAUAGCUUACUCGCGUUUUGAAUAUACCAAAUUAAUUUGACUAUUUGUUGUAUAUUGAAUUAAUUAAUUAAUUAAUUAAUAUUCAAUAUAUUUGUAAUUUUUUUGUAAAACUUGUAUGGUCUGAUGUCUAUUUUUAUACAUAAUAAUUGUUGAUUUUUUCUAUUUUUCUUUUUGCUUAAUUGUCACCCACGUACAAUUAAUAACUUUUUUUAACUUUAUUUAGUUAAUUGACUGUUUCUUAUUUUUUAUUUUAAUGUUUAAUCAAAAAAUGAUACAUCACGUCAUACAAGUUGUUCACGAAAAUAAUCACUAAUUAUUAUAUUAGUGAGUAUUUAUUAAUUAUUUUUUUCUUAUUUGUAUUUAUAAUUGUAUAAAAAAAAAUUAGAGAUUAAUAAUUGAAGCGAAUGUGAGAGUAAAUGCUUGUGAAUGGUAUUAGAUUAUUCGGAUUGUUUCCGAAUAUUUAAGUAUCUUGUACAUAAUUGAGUAAUCAAAUCUCGGUAGUGAUGAUCGAGAUUUUAACAAAUGAAGAGUAAAAAGAUUAACAAAAAAAAAACCAUUCCACAUAAAUAGUACAUGUGCAAUUUAAGUACUUGAAAUAUGCACAAAUAUUAUUAAUUAAAAAUUUCAUACUUUUUGUACUUUGUAAAUUCAUUGAAAAGUAUGACAGAAUUUCUUUUGUUUUUUUUAAUUUUUACUUGGAAUAUUUUUUUCAAACAGUAAAAAAAAAAUUCUAAUGUAAGUGUUAAAAAAAAGUCUAAGUCCUUAGUCAAAAAAAAUGAAAUAGUAAAAGAUUACUAAACUCAUAGAAUUAUUUCUAAAAUUAAAAAAAAAAACUGACUUAAUUGUUUAAUUUUGUUCUUCAAAAAGUUUAAAUGUAAGAAAGUGUGAUAUAUGAUUGUUACGAUAUGUAAAUACUUUUCAAGAUGAUUAUAAUGAUGAUGGAGAGAAUAUCUGUUAGUAAUUUAAUUUUGGUAAAAAAACAAACCAUUGAAUGAUAAAAAAAAAUAUUUUGUUGUAUAAAAAAAGAAAAAAAAAAGAAAUUGUUGACCACCCGGUGGUUUGACUUUCAAUUUCAUUUAUCAUUUAUCCUGUAUGCUCACUCCAAUUAUCCUAAGGUAGAAUUUAAUGUUAUAAUUUUAAUUAAUACUAUUAUUACUGCUACUAUUAAUUAUUAAUUACUAUAAAAAAAAAAAAUUAUAAAAUGAAAAAAAAAAUAGUUAUAGUUUUUAAGUAGCAUCAUUGAAGAGAUGCUGAAUCCAAGGAACGUCUUUAAUAAGCCUCCAGAUUAAUGGAAUAAUAAUAAACUAUUCAAAGGAUUUUAAGUGUAGAAGAAUCUUCGUCUAGUGUUUAAUAAAGAAAAGUUAGUUUAAAUUA